AUGGAGUUCUCAGUAGGCGAGUUUGUGUUUUUCAGAGUCUCGCCAAUGGAGGGGGCUAUAUGUUUUGGCAUGAAAGGGAAGUUCAGCCCAAGAUACAUAGGUCCAUUUGUGAUUUUGGACAGAGUUGGGCAAGUUGUAGACCGAUUGGCAUUGCCUUCAAAACUCGCUGAAAUGCAUAAUGUCUUUCACAUCUUGAUGUUGUGUAAGUACAUGUCGGGUCCCUCCAAUGUUUUGAGUUAUGAGCCGUUGCAGUUGAAGCAAAACUUGAGUUAUGAUGAACAACCUGAGCAUAUCAUCAAAGAGGGAGUCAAGGAACUAAGGUUCAAGAAGAUUCCAUUAGUUAAGGUCUCAUGGAAGCUUAGUGUGGAGAGAGAAGCAACAUGGGAGUUGGAGGAAGACAUGAAAGAGAGGUACCCUGAGUUGUUUGGUAAGAAAUAA